AUGUCAAAAUCUCAGGAUUCCAAUAAAUUUUCACCGCAAACGCAAAUUCAAUCAUCCAAUCUUCCAUGUCAAACGCGUCCGGCCGUACCUACUUCAACUAAUUCGACUCGAAAGACCAGAUCGUCUCGGCGCACAUCUAUUAUACCAUCGGAUAAGUUGAAUCCUUUAUCCCGCCCACCGAAAGUAAGCGAUGUCACGUGGAAUCGUCUGACGGAACGUAAUACUGAAAGGAAUAGACUGUAUAGAUGCAAAAUUCGUGUUCUAGUCAUCCAUAAGGAUGAACCAAGGCCAACAAGUCCUUCAUCGACAUGUGAAGAGUCUAAAAUUUUAGACCAAAACAGCGAUAUGGAUAGCGACGUGGACAGUAAUAAUGACAAUGAGACAGAUAGCGAUGAUUGUGAAGGACGGGAAAAUGAUUUUGGAGAUAAAAAAGUUCGAUGGAAUCGUAAAGAGUUAGAAGCACCGUCUCCCGCUAGUAGAUCAAGUCCAACCACUGCUAGGCAAAAGCCUAUAAUUAAAUCGUGUCUUGCUUCAGCGAAUCCACCAACGGAUCGACUCGGUAACGUCCUUGAUGCAGACAAAAGUCUCUCACCGAUUGUAAAACGAGGAACGAGAAUCAUAGUGAAACGAAUCAGGUACAAUGACGAAUCGGAAUGA